AUGGUGGCCCAGGACAUCGAUCCGAGUGCAGGAGAGGCCACGCGCAGGACAUCAGGCGCCGAGCUGGCUGGACAGCCUACGGAUAGCAACUCUGCGCCAGACAUCAGCACGACGGAGACGUCAGUUGAGGAGGCACCAGUCCGCAGCACGAAGGACGAGCCGCCUGCCCCCGGCCAGGAAAGUCUGGCUGCUGACACAAGGCAGCCCGGCUUCACUGGCACUGGCGAGGAGUUGCGGUCCCAAAGCCCGCAGGGCCUUAAGCUGGAUAGAAUCAGUGUUGGCUUUGACGAUAGGUGCUUGGACAGCGAGAGCGAGGACAACAGCACCUCGCUAUCCAAUGCAGCUACUUUGGCUUCGCACUUGCUGGAGGACCGCGCCCUCUGCAUCACUCCGGGAGACGUGCACAGCCGUCUUGUGCUGUCAACAUGUGCUUCCGACGAAGCUAAAGAGCUUGAUGCAGAUGCAGAUGGUCAGUGCGAUCUACCUGCCGACCUCCGUCCGGUGGUGGCGAGUGCAGGAGGGGCCACGGGCAGGACAGCCGGCGCUGAGCUGGCUGAGCCGUCUACGGAUGGUGACUUUGCGCCAGACAUCAAUUCGAAGGAGAAGUCAAGGGAGCAGGAGUUGACGUCUGCUGGCACCGUCAGGGGUGCCCGGCAGCCUCCACGGAAACCAAACGGCCCAAGCAAGAAGAGGCGGAACCAAAGCUAUCAGCAGCUGGUCAAGUCUGAACGCGGUCCGACGACGGAGGAGCUGCGAGAGCCCGAUCACAGGGACGAGCUGAUUCGCGAUUCAGAUUUUUACAAGCAUCUCCUGGACACCCCUGGGCAGCAAGUUGCCCUGACUGGCGAAAGGAGCAUCGAGAGCUGUCUGCGGCUCCGGCAAAGCUGCUGGUCCUUUGAUCAGGUGAAGGACGUGGAGGUCAACGUCGACUGGUUCAUGACAAGCGAGCACAAAGCAGUGGCAGCAAAGCUGGACGAAGCCUGUGGCACGAAGAGCACUGACGAUGAUGUUGUCUUCCUGGGCCGUGUGCAGUUUGUGGCCCGCUGUGCUUCGUGCAAAGAGCUCUUCCUCGAGAAAGCUGCGGCCCUCCUUUUGAAUCGCAAGCAGCCAGAAGAAUACUGGGACCUGUUCCGCAAGACCUGUGCCAUGCGGGACUCUCCGAGCUCGGCCACGGAGGCGCCAAUGAGGUCGUUGACACCUGAGGGCCUUGGGCUGGAUGCAUUCAAGCUCUUCAACGAUGUCUCUGACGAUAGUUGCUGCUGCACGGUCAGUAAGCUACAAACACCGCUACCUCCCGACUUGGGUCCGGUGAAGGCCGUGGCUGCCGGAGACCGUCACGCCUGUGCCAUGACGAAGCGUGGCAAGCUGGUUUGCUUCGGAAACGACGACUUUGGUCAGUGCAAGGUACCUGUCAACCUCGGUCCGGUGAAGGCCGUGGCUGCCGGAGACAAUCACACCUGUGCCGUGACGAAGCGUGGCAAGCUGGUUUGCUUCGGAGACAAUGACUGUGGUCAGUGCGAGGUACCUGUCAACCUCGGUCCGGUGAAGGCCGUGGCUGCCGGAGAAAAUCACACCUGUGUCGUGACGAAGCGUGGCAAGCUGGUUUGCUUCGGAAACAACGACUUUGGUCAGUGCAAGGUACCUGUCAACCUCGGUCCGGUGAAGGCCGUGGCUGCCGGAGACAAUCACACCUGUGCCGUGACGAAGCGUGGCAAGCUGGUUUGCUUCGGAAACAAUGACUGUGGUCAGUGCGAGGUACCUGUCAACCUCGGUCCGGUGAAGGCCGUGGCUGCCGGAGAAAAUCACACCUGUGCCGUGACGAAGCGUGGCAAGCUGGUUUGCUUCGGAAACAACGACUUUGGUCAGUGCAAGGUACCUGUCAACCUCGGUCCGGUGAAGGCCGUGGCUGCCGGAGAUGCGCGCACCUGUGCCGUGACGAAGGGUGGCGAGCUGGUUUGCUUCGGAUUCAAUGUUUAUUGUGAGUGCGAUGUACCUCCCGACCUCGGUCAGGUGAUGGCCGUGGCUGCCAGAGCUGCGCACACCUGUGCCGUGAGGAAGAGUGGCGAGCUGGUUUGCUUCGGAUUCAAUGCUUUUGGUCAGUGCAAUGUAUGCGAGAAUGUUUGCUUCAGACCCAUUGCUUUUGGUCAGCGCCACGUACCUCCCGACCUCGGCUUUGGCGAGCUGGUUCCCUUCAGACAUGGUCCUCUUGAGUUCCAUCUACCUCGUGCCUUCGGUGAGCACGUGAUGCAGUUGCUCUCUGAGUCUGAACGUCUCGGGAUUUUUGCAGAACAGCAAAUAUGA